CUUAUAAUAUACGAAAUGAUAGUUUAUAUUUGCCUCUUAUUUUGGGCAUAAAGCAGACAUAUUAACAUCAAAGUUCAUGCCGGGUGGUUUAGACUUUGAGAGGUUUCCUUGUAGAAUUUACGAAAAGAUUGAAGUCUCUGUUUUUAGCAUCCAUGGGAAUCAUUUACCUGCAAUUAGUUGAUGAUUUGAACUGAAUCACAUAUAAUAAAGCAUUUAUAUGUGACUUGUUUAUUUGUGUGUACAAGUUAUUUGGAUUGAUGAAGAGGUUGGGCAUGGGGAAUUCCAUGAUGCUCAGACAUGAUCUUCAGUGAUAAUAUCAAAACUUACCCUUAAUUUCUGUCAUCACUUGUAUUUCCAGCACAGGCAUGCUAAAUUUUUUUCUAAGUUUUUCCUAUAUAUUUGGAAGAUCCUACCUCCAUAUGGCUGUUCACGUGUAUGUUAGGGAUGAAAAAGCACUUUGGUUCUUGUUAACAACCUCUGGAAGAUGAGCUUGAAUUCUAUUAGAAUGAAUCAUGGUUAUACACAUAAAAUACAAAAUGGUAUGAUAUUGGUCGAAACUCUUUUAUAGAGAUGGGGUUAAGGCAUUUAAGCACCAAAGUGACAUUAAAAGCAGCCAACAUUGAAUCAAUUUUAAAGUAGUCAUAUAUAUCCAUUAGACUAUUCAAUGAAAACGUAACAGCUCUGAUUUCUUUGUUGGUUACUAGUUUGUCUAUAUCCGGUGGUGCUUCACUGGAUAAAAUCUCUUGUGAACAACCACUAACCUUUGUGUCUGCAGUUCCAAGGAUGAAGCAUAACCAGCUGUAAUUCCAUUAAUAAGUGUAGGGGCUUUUUCUAACAAACUGUAAUUCCAGAAGUAAAUGAUCUCCCGUUAUAUUUAUAUAUGCAUCACCCACCGGCACUCCCAGUGAAUUAUGUAUUCAAAAGCCUUCAAAUAAAGAAGCAAUUAAGCAUCGCUUUGUUGAUAUGUCUAAAACUCAUGAAGUUGGAGAAGAAACCUGUGAAAACAAUAUGUAUAAUCAUUUGUCAUGUGAUCUCUUUUAAAGCUAUUUAUUAAUAUUGUAGAUCUCCAACUAUAUCACCCUAAACCGCUCCAAAUUUAAUCCAUUCACGUUUUAACUACCGAUUUAUUACACUUUUUCUUUAUGCUAAAAAGUUGGAUUGAAUUCAAACCCUGUGUGAUAAUACUCUCAGUUCAUCGACACCAUGAAAGAUCUAUCCUUCUUCAUUUUGAAGAACUCGGUUGGGGCCAAGAUGAAGAAAGGGAUUCGUAAUUUUUGCAGUGGUGAUGGCUCCACCUCCACUCUUAACCAAAACCGAACCGACCAUGGCGGGGCCGGUAUUAUUACUUCGUCCGACUUGGUCGCUCCGCCAUCGGUUGUUGCCUCGAACACCACGGCGCAAAGCCCUCCCACAACGUUGGAGGAGAUGAUCUUAAGGUUAGAGCUGGAAGAAGAGCUUGCUAGAAAAUCAAAACUGAAUGAAUACUACAGUGAGAAUUUUCGAGGUGGUCGGAUGUCUUGCGUCAACAACUCCGACAUACUACGGUCUGCAAGGAAUGCAUUGAAUCAGUACCCUCGUUUUUCCCUCGACGGGAAAGAUUCCAUGUACCGAUCAUCGUUUCGAAACCCUGAAAAAAUCAAUGGAAGGAACUCGGUUUGCUGCGAUCAUGGAUUGAGAGAAAGGUUUUACAAAGCUUCAUGUUUGCCAUCAACUUUGGGUGGCGAAACUGUGAUUUGGUGCGAACCAGGAGUGGUGGCGAAGCUGAUGGGAUUGGAGGCGGUGCCGGUGACGAUUAGUCGGAGAAAAGAUCGGAGUAAUAAAAAACUUGGUUCUGUGAUAAAGAGACAGAAUCUUCGGAGGAGAGGUGAGAGACAUGAAAUGGAGCGAAGAGUGGGCGUGGAAGAAGAUUUCAAGAGAGGUAAGGUGGGUGGUUGUUCCAACACAGGCUACUGUGUGAUGAAACCAGUUGUUGUUGGGGCAGCAAAUGGUGAAGGUGGAUGGCCAACCCGACGUUUCCUUUAGAUUAUGCCUUAUCUAAUCCGGGUUAUAACAUCUAAUACCAGUUGUUCUCUUAUUUAUAUCAGAAUAUAUAGAUAUAUAACUUUGGAAAUCAAUCUUCCUCUUUAUUUAUCUAUAGUUUCUUUUUCUUUCUUUUUUCCCUAAACGAUGACGGAUUUUGUUACAUUGUAAGAUAUGUCUGGCCAAAAAAAGAUGCACUGCAAUAACACACACUCUCUCUCCUCAUUUAUUGGAAAAACCUCAAUUGUCAUGUCAUGGUGGAUUAAUUGGUGCAAGAAUUCAACGCUUGAUUGUAAUCGGAUUUGUUUUACUUAAUACAAAGAAAUUAGUUGUAUUAAGCCA